AUGGUUUCUACUCGCAUGAUCGCCCUCCUCUCGGCCUUCGCUGCUGCAGUCAGCGCCGCGCCCGCUCCCAUCCUCGCCGAACAGGAUCCCGCUCUCAACAUUACCGAGACCCUCGACCGUAACCUCCGCAAUGGAGAGAUGGUUGUCUUCGGAAAGGGUGGCAAGACCGCCAUCAUUACUCAGGACACUUGGAACCUUCUUCUGAAGGUUGAGGGUGUUGAGGCCGAGACUCCCGAGAUCGACCACGACUACCUCAAGGCUGGCGAGGGUCUUGCCGAGAUCCCCGUCAACCACACCGACCUCGCCCUCGGCAAGCGUGACUGCAACGCCAACUACCAGUUCGUUGUCGACAAGCAGAUGCGCUUUGUCGACUGGGACGUGCAGAUGUCCCCUGUCGUCAUCGGUGCCGGCAGCAAGGGCAUCGACAUCACCAUCUCCAAGUCCUACGCGAUUUCCAACGGCGUCACUGCUGGUGGCUCUUUCGACAUGAGCAAGCUCAUUGAGAAGCUUGGUCUCACUUUCAAGGUUGACUACUCUCGCACAUGGACUACCACUCAGGGUUACCUCAUCCGUGGCACUGUCGACCCUGGCUACACUGGUGUCGUUAUCACCCGCCCCUGGACCAACCGCAAGUACGGCCGCACCUUCCAGGGCUGCGUUGGCGCGCUCAAGCAGACUGGUACUUUCAUGGCCGACUCUCACGAGGACGGCUCUUACGAGGGUGUCACCUGGGUUGGCGGCGCCAUCACUGCCUGCAUCAAGAAGCAGAGCUCCAUCCCUCUGUCUCGCUGCAACGGCAGCGGCAACUUCCGAUAA